AUGGCGACGCCCGUGGAUCUGGAGCCGUGGGUGCAGGAGGAGCUGCACUCGGUGCUGGGGCCAAGCAAGGGGUACAUUGCGCGCUUCCUGAUCGCCACAGCGCAGCACUGCUCCUCCCCCGAGGAGUUUGUGCAGCAGCUGCGCAACACCAACACCCUGGACUUCUGCGGGCCUGACUUUGCUCUGAGGCUCUGGAGCAAGGUCCCAGGGAAGGCUGUGGUGGAAAAGCCAGCUCGGGUAGCUGAGCAAGAGGCCCGAGCCCUGUUGGAGAAGAACCGUUCUUAUAAGUUGUUGGAAGACUGCAACAGCGAGAGUGGCGAGGAGGUAGUGGGCAGGGACGGGAGCAGCCUCCAGAAGAAGCGGAAGAGACAGAAACAACUCCAGAAGAAACAUCAGGAAGAGGAGGAAGAGUCAGUCAGGAAGAAGACUAGGGGGAGUAAAUCGCCCAGGGAGGAGGCUCAGAAGCGACUCAAGAUGGCUGAGGAAGACCGGAAAGCCAUUGUCCCUGAGCUCCGGAAGAAGUCUCGUCGGGAAUACCUGGCGAAGAGGGCGCGGGAAAAGCUGGAGGACCUGGAGGCGGAACUGGCUGACGAGGAGGUCCUGUUUGGGGACGUGGAGCUGAGCCUCCAUGAGCGCAGGGAGCUCAAGUAUAAGCGACGCGUGCGGGACCUGGCUCGGAAGUACCGGGCAGCGGGCCAGCAGGAGAAGCUGGAGGCCACUAAUCGCUACCACAUGCCCAAGGAGACCCGAGGACAGCCAGCUCGAGCUGUGGACAUCGUCGAGGAGGAAUCGGGUGCUCCGGGAGAGGAGCAGCAGCGCUGGGAGGAGGCCCAGCUGGGUGCUGCGUCCCUUAAGUUUGGGGCCCGAGAUGCUGCUGCACAGGAGCCCAAGUACCAGCUGGUGCUGGAGGAGGAGGAGACCAUCGAGUUUGUCCUUGCAGCUCAGCUCCAGGGUGACGAGGAGCCGUCGUCAGGCCCACCUCUGUCAGCCCAGGCCCAGCAGAAGGAGUCCAUCCGGGCUGAGCGCCGCAGCCUGCCAGUGUUCCCCUUCCGAGAGGAGCUCCUGACCGCCAUUGCCAACCACCAGGUCCUCAUCAUCGAAGGCGAGACCGGCUCUGGGAAGACUACGCAGAUCCCACAGUACCUCUUUGAGGAGGGUUACACAAAGAAGGGCAUGAAGAUUGCUUGCACCCAGCCUCGGAGAGUGGCGGCCAUGAGUGUGGCAGCCCGAGUGGCCCGGGAGAUGGGUGUGAAGCUUGGGAAUGAGGUGGGCUACAGCAUCCGGUUUGAGGACUGCACAUCAGAGCGAACAGUUCUCCGCUACAUGACAGACGGAAUGCUACUCCGGGAGUUCCUCUCUGAGCCUGACCUUGCAAGUUACAGUGUGGUGAUGGUGGAUGAAGCUCACGAGCGGACCUUGCACACAGACAUUCUCUUUGGAUUGAUCAAAGAUGUUGCUAGAUUCCGACCGGAGCUCAAGGUCCUGGUGGCUUCAGCCACACUGGAUACUGCCCGCUUUUCUGCCUUCUUUGAUAACGCCCCUGUCUUCCGAAUCCCUGGACGCAGGUUUCCAGUUGACAUCUUCUACACCAAGGCCCCAGAGGCUGACUACCUGGAAGCCUGUGUUGUGUCAGUGCUGCAGAUCCAUGUGACUCAGCCCCCUGGGGAUAUACUGGUGUUCCUGACAGGGCAGGAGGAGAUCGAGGCUGCCUGUGAGAUGCUCCGGGACCGCUGCCGCAGACUGGGCUCCAAGAUCCGGGAGCUCCUGGUGCUGCCCAUUUAUGCCAACCUGCCGUCACACAUGCAGGCUCGCAUCUUCCAGCCCACACCCCCUGGGGCCCGAAAGGUGGUUGUGGCAACAAACAUUGCAGAAACUUCCCUCACCAUCGAAGGCAUCAUUUAUGUGCUGGAUCCAGGGUUCUGUAAGCAGAAGAGCUACAACCCUCGCACAGGCAUGGAGUCCCUAACGAUCACACCCUGCAGCAAGGCUUCUGCCAAUCAGCGGGCUGGCCGCGCAGGCCGAGUGGCUGCAGGGAAGUGCUUCCGCCUGUACACAGCCUGGGCCUAUCAGCAUGAGCUGGAGGACACCACAGUUCCUGAGAUCCAGAGGACAAGCCUGGGCAACCUUGUGCUACUGCUAAAGAGCUUAGGCAUCCACGACCUGGUACACUUUGACUUCUUGGACCCUCCACCGUACGAGACCCUGGUGCUGGCUCUGGAACAACUUUAUGCCCUUGGCGCCCUCAACCACCUAGGAGAACUCACCACAUCUGGUCGAAAGAUGGCAGAGCUGCCUGUGGAUCCCAUGCUGUCUAAAAUGAUCCUGGCCUCCGAGAAGUACAGCUGUUCUGAAGAGAUCCUGACCGUGGCUGCUAUGCUGUCUGUCAACAAUUCCAUCUUCUACAGGCCCAAGGAUAAGGCCGUCCAUGCCGACAAUGCCCGUGUCAACUUCUUCCUCCCUGGUGGGGACCACCUGGUUCUGCUAAAUGUGUACACACAGUGGGCUGAGAGUGGCUACUCUUCCCAGUGGUGCUAUGAAAACUUCGUACAGUUCAGAUCCAUGCGCCGAGCCCGGGAUGUGCGGGAACAGCUGCAGGGGCUCUUGGAGCGUGUGCAAGUUGGCUUGACUUCUUGCCAAGGUGACUACGUUUGUGUGCGAAAGGCCAUCACUUCGGGUUAUUUUUACCACAUAGCGAGGCUGACUCCAAGUGGCUACCGCACAGUGAAGCAGCAACACACAGUGUUUAUUCAUCCCAACUCCUCUCUCUUUGAACAACAGCCACUACCACGCUGCUUGCUCUACCAUGAGCUUGUCUUUACCACAAAGGAAUUCAUGAGACAGAUAUUGGAGAUUGAAAGCAGCUGGCUUUUGGAAGUGGCUCCCCACUUCUAUAAGGCCAAGGAGCUAGAAGAUCCCCGUACCAAGAAAAUGCCUAAAACAGUUGGCAAGACUCGAGAAGAGCUGGGCUAGAGAGUGACAUGGACUGAGCCUCGCAGCUCUUUUUUUCCUUCCAUACUUUAUUUAAUAUCCAGUAAAUAAAAUUAUUUUUGGAA